AUUUUUUCACUUGGACGAACAUAUUUAGGAUCUACGGUAAGAACAUCGCCAUACCUAGCAAAUUUAACACGUACACCCACAUCUGAAAUGCUUUCUAUGAUGGCAGGGUACCACUGCCCAUCCCUUGGCCACACGGUGUCGCAAAUGAGACCCACAUACAGCCCGGAGUCGAUGGCGACCUGCGCCAGCGAAACUGGCUGCUCAAUAGUAGAACCCUCCGAUUGCGAAGGAUUCAAGCCGGCUGGAAGUGUCUGUGUUUCAUGCACGUUCAAGAAAGUCGCGGGUUUAAGAACGUCGCGCAGUUCUAAUACUAACUCCAAGGUUGAUUGCUUGAGCGCGAGGUACUCCUCAUUAGUGGGAUCUCCUUCAAUCAGUGCAUCUAUUUCUUGCAGUUGUUCUUCGUACUCUGCCAACUGAGAUUUUAAGUCAUCCUGGGAGAUAGUCUCUGACAUAUUACGUUCGACGUAUAUAAUUUUUUGUUAGUUUUUUCUAGAAAAGUUCUUUUACUUUGUUAAAAACUAUUGCGCUUGAAUAAAACUAUUCUUACGUUUUGCACCACCCAUUUACCCCAUUUCCACCGUACUGGACUUUUUCAAAUCGUCACGUACCAUCCCACCUUCCUAGAGGUACAGAAAAACACAAGCACCACAAGCAUCACAUCCAGUCUAGACUUGCAUGCGUACUCCAUACGCAUGUAUCUCUCACCUCCGAACUCUCUCGCCAUAAUCUUAACGAAAUGCCAGCAUGAUCAAAAAUAAGUUGAACACAAUCAAGACCUAUGCACCUUUUCUCUUGUUUUGGAAUGGAUGCCUCUAUGUGAAGGAAUGUAUAUGGCCGGUUAGAAGACAUCCAAUAUGGUUGCUCAUUUUCCUCUUGCUCUUCAUUUUUGCAUGUUUUUUCCUUCCAUUGGGAACUGUUACCCAAGCGAUCAUCGUCUGGAUCAAUUCGCUAGAUCGAAGGACUAGCGUGUCAAUUACUCUCACCCUGCAAAUUCUUUUCAAUCUUCUGUGUCUCCCUAGUGCUCCUUUAGUCAUUUUCACCGGCUUCUCGUGGGGAUUCGUUCUUGGUACUCUAAUAUCUUGGAUCGGCUGCUCCACAUCAAUGUUAUUAUGCUACAUCAUCGGCAAGUUGUGCAUUAAAAAAUACGUUCGCAAUUGGGCGAACAACUCGACUUAUCUUUACUUGCUAUUGAAUAAGAUCGAUAGCUCUGAAAAGGUUGGAUGGAUUAUUUUUUUCUCUCGCCUCUCCCCGAUGACUCCAAUCUCUAUCACGUCCUAUGUCUUUUCUAUAACUAAUUGCCCGUUUCUGGUCUACCUGAUUCCGUCCAUUAUAGGCAUUUUGCCGCCUACCGCCCUCUGUGUCUAUCUAGGCAAGACUGCCGAUACAUUGUACGAGCUAUUUGGCAGUUCUGACACAGAAGAUCAAAUCUCGGUAUCCAACAAGACGAAUAGAAUCAUCACUGCGUGCAUUGGACUUGCCCUCGUCAUUUUCUCGACCGCCAUCAUCAUCUAUUACGUCUCAAAUUUUCUGCGGCAGGCAACUUCAUUGCACGGGUCAGAAGAAAACCUGCCAUCCGAUCAGUUCAGACCAACUGAAUUGGCGCAAAAAAAUGACUUGAAUCUGCAGGACAUCGUCUAUGUAGAACUAGACAUCCUCGUCGGCUCCCACGAAAUUGAAGGCUGGUGCGAUGCUCCAAACACUUCAAUCCAUCAACGUUAGGAACGUGUGUGUGCAUAUCUCUUGCAGACGCGGUGUAUGCGCUUAACGGCAACAAAAAAAGAUGUAUUUUGAUUGGAGCGUGACUGGUUUGAAAGUAAAGGCGCCGCAGUUAGAAAUGAGCAUGGGGCGUGGCGGGGUGUGUCUAUCUCCCACGCCACAUAUUUCUGAGCACAAUGGUGGUGUGGGUCGAAUGCGGACCGUGACCGUCAUUCCUAUUCACAUCUUUGCCUAGAACUGCGCACGAAAUUUCAGACAUAAUGCUACCCUCUAAAAAGAAGCACAAGAGGAGACGCUGACAGGCACGCCAUAGACAGCAUGUGUUGCACGUGCAGUCAGUAUUUUGGCUUAGAAGAAAGAGCAUGUACUGGUUGGGAGAAACUUAACAGUCCUUGGUGGCGUCAAGUUGUGUUCCCUUCAUGUGGAUAAUAGGACGCCUCAUCGGGCUUGUUCCCCUCGACAGUGGCCUGAGGAAGAGUGGUAUAAUUUUGUUUCUCGUGCGUGCAGGGAGGGGCAUAACUUUUUGUAGGGCGAGAAAGCGUCUUUCCGCGCGCGCAGCGUCGGAGGACAGUUUGAAGUGGGUACAAGGCACGUCCGCAGAAGGGACGAGCGCAUGUGCUUAGAACAGAAAGGGGAGCUCGAUAGUGCGCGAAAAAAGACUCGCGCUCUACACGGCAAGUGCGCAAUUUAUUGCUGCAGGCUUCGGAGCACGAUUGCACGUAUUCUGCUAUAUAAAGUUUAGAUCGUGUUACCUUGUAUACGCAGAAGAAUGAAACUGUGCAUGGAAAAUAAAAAUCAGCAUAUGGAAAACACAAAUAAGAUAGCAUAUUGAGAGAAGAUGGCUCGUUUAUUUUGUGUUUCAUCCUAUCACAGCGCACAAGCGCAACUUUCAUCUAAACACGACCAUGCCUGCGAUAUCGGACAGUAUCACUUCAAAGGAAUUGGAUGAAUGGAUUGAAGCACUCAGCGAAUGCAAAACCCUGCCAGAGAAUCAAAUCAAGUUGUUGUGUGAGCGAGUGAAGGAUUAUUUGGUCGAGGAAUCGAACAUACAACCGGUCUCCUCGCCAGUUACGGUUUGCGGGGACAUACAUGGCCAAUUUUACGAUUUGUUGGCACUAUUUAGGACUGGUGGAGCGCUGCCGGAAACACAUUACAUAUUCAUGGGAGACUUCGUAGAUAGAGGCUACUACAGUCUAGAAACAUUCACCUAUUUGAUAGCACUGAAGGUCAGGUAUCCAGACAAGAUUACGCUGUUGCGGGGGAACCACGAAACGAGGCAGAUUACGCAGGUAUAUGGGUUCUAUGACGAAUGCCAACAGAAGUAUGGAAACGCCAACACUUGGAGGUAUUGUACUCAGGUGUUUGAUUUGUUGACAAUAGCUGCGUUGAUCGAUAACCGCAUCUUGUGUGUGCAUGGGGGCCUUUCGCCCGAGGUAAGUCUGUUAGAUCAGAUCAGCACAAUCAAUCGCAACAUGGAGAUUCCUCAAGAAGGAGCAUUUUGCGAUCUCGUCUGGAGCGACCCAGAGAAUAUAGAGAACUGGAAAGUCUCUCCGCGCGGUGCCGGAUGGCUUUUCGGAUUUAACGUCGCUCACGAGUUCAUUCACCUCAAUGAUCUAACGCUGAUCUGUCGCGCACAUCAGCUCGUACAAGAGGGAUACAAGUACCACUUCGAUGACAAGCUAGUCACUGUGUGGUCGGCACCUAACUAUUGCUACCGUUGCGGUAAUAUUGCAAGCAUUUUGGCCUUUGACGAAAAUCUGAACCGAGAAUUCAAAUUAUUCAACGCUGUCUCGGACGAAGAGCGAGUUAUUCCAGAUACUAAACACUCCUAUUUCUUUUGAGAUAUUCAGUCAUCUUUCUACAUAAAUAUCGGACAUAUGAUCUUUCUACUUUGCGCAGUCA